CCGCCUCCAACGCUGACACACCCAUUUUCUUACCGGCAUUUUUAAUUCCUCUCCCCGCUAUUAUUACCACCGGUGUGCAUGAGAGAGAGAGGUGACGUCGGGGUGAAGCUAACACCACGCGCCGGCAGUCAGCGUGUGUGUGUGUGUGUGUGUGUGUGUGGUCCAUGCAUUAGUGGGCGUGUACCCGCUCCUCCCUGCAGACCCGUGCAUGUGUGUGCGUGCAUGUGAUUGCAUGUUUGCACGUGCCGCACAGAGAGGAAUACAGCAGUUAAUUUUGUCGCUUUUUUAAUGAAUUUUAUACAUUUUUUAUUGGAUUUUUGAUGUUUUUUGCGCGUCCCCGCUGCUGCAAAGAGUGUGUGAGAGUGUGUCCGCGCGGCUCCUCCUCCUCCUCUCCUCUGCCUCUCUCCUCUUCCUCCCCAAUGUGCUGGAGGUGCGGGAUCUCUGCAGCUCUGGAUGGAUCUAACUAGAUUUUUAUUUGUUGCUGAUUUUUAAUCUUUUUUUUUCCACCUGCACUGUGACGUCAUGUCAAACUCUAACAAGAGCAAGAAGGACAAAGAGAUCCUGGCAGAGUACGAGAGCCAGGUGAAAG